GAGAGACAAGUUUAAUUCACAGAAAAAAACAAGUUUGCUGUUGACCAGAAAAAACGAUGGAGAAUCUAUUGGGACUUCUCAGAAUCCAUGUGAAGAAAGGUGUGAAUCUCGCCAUUAGAGAUAUCUCAAGCAGUGAUCCUUACGUCGUCGUUCACUCAGGAAAACAGAAGCUGAAAACACGCGUGGUGAAACACAGUCUUAACCCCGAGUGGAAUGACCAUUUAACGCUUUCUGUGACUGAUCCAAAUCUCCCUGUUAAACUUACGGUCUAUGACUAUGAUUUUCUCUCGGCGGAUGACAAGAUGGGCGAAGCUGAGUUUAACAUUGCUACAUAUCUUGAAGCCAUUAAAUUCCGCCAUACGCUCGAAGGAGGACUUCCCGAUGGGACGAUAAUAAUGAAGAUACAACCGAGCAGACAAAAUUGUUUGUCGGAAGAGAGUCAUAUUGUGUGGAACCAAGGCAAACUUGUUCAAAAUAUGUUCCUUAGGCUCCAGCACGUGGAAUGUGGAGAACUCGAGAUACAGCUCGAGUGGAUCGAUAUCCCUGGUUCAAGGGGUAUUUAAGUCGGACCCAACUUAGGACGUGUGCUGACUGUGCAUACAGAACCCACAUUUUUAUUAGUUUUUCUUUGUAUUUUAAGUUAAAUUUAUAAUUUCUUUGUAAGAAAGAGUUUCAUUUCUAAAUUUAUAGAGACCUUAAAUUUGAUUAAAAAAAUUUGGACAGCAAAGGGCCAUUGACUCCAGUGCGGUUUAAAACUGGUCUGUGAAGAAUCUAAAAUAGUUUUUACUUUUGAUUUAUUUUCUUGCCUUUGAGAGUAAUAACCAUAUUUAUUCAUACACAAAAAUCAUUGAUAAUAUGAUAUAUUACUUACAACUUGUAUAAACUUAGAUUUGUAG